UCGAGCGCUGGCUGCGUCUGCGCAUGCUAACAUGCCUUCCAGAGUGCAUUCCAAAUUCAAACAAUCAUUCAAUUCAUAGACCAAUGGCACUGACUAUUCUACUAUAUUGCCUUGUGUUUAAUACUUAACUAUGUGUGAUUGAGUGUUUUACCUAAAGAAAAGUGUUGCACCUGUAAUUUUAUCAAAGUUGUGUCUAUGUAAAGUGGCUACGAUUGGUAUUUUUUGUUUAUCCGUCCGAGUGUAACAACCGUGUUUGAAACCAAGAAAUGGGUUUAUAAUUGGCCCAAAUCGAAGGCUGGGAUGGAUCGAUACAGAAGAAUGUAGCUGCGAAAAUGUCGCAGCGCGAUUUCUCGGAGGUAGAGCCAACCGGCUCUGCAUCUCUGGGAGCCGCAUCCAGAGCGCUUUUCGUGGAGAAAGUUCGAGCCUCCAACGCAGCAUGCCAGUCUGGGGACUUCUCCACGGCUGUUGCGCUGUAUACCGACGCCUUGACUUUAGACCCGGCUAACCACAUACUAUACAGCAACAGGUCAGCGGCGAGGUUAAAGCAAGGUCAAUUCGCGGCCGCCCUGCAAGAUGCCACGCGAGCGCGGGAACUCUGUCCGAACUGGCCCAAAGCCUAUUAUAGGCAAGGUGUUGCUCUACAAUGUCUCGCUCGUCAUGGAGAAGCUUUGGCCGCGUUCAGUUCAGGCCUUGGAGUGGAGCCGUCAUCACGUCAACUCUUGGCGGCGCUCGUGGAAGCCUCACUCAAAUCCCCACUACGAACUACUCUGGAACCCACGUUUAGACAACUGGAAGCUAUGAAAUUGGAUCAGUCUCCAUUUGUACUAAUAUCAGUCGUUGGUCAAGAACUUUUGGCGGCAGGGCAGUACCAGGCGGCCGUCACAGUCCUUGAAGCCGCAUUGAGAAUUGGAUCUUGUUCCCUUAAGUUAAGAGGUUCAGUGUUCAGUGCGUUAUCCUCGGCACAUUGGGCCCUCAGCCAGCUAGAUGCAGCAAUUAACUACAUGCAGCAAGAUCUUGCCGUAGCCAAGUCACUAGGCGACACCGCUGGCGAGUGUAGAGCGCACGGCAACCUCGGCGCCGCAUACUUCAGCCAAGGGUCGUAUAAGGACGCAUUGACAGCUCACCGAUAUCAACUAGUUCUGGCUAUGAAGUGCAAGGACACCCAAGCAGCUGCCGCGGCAUUGACCUCUUUGGGUCACGUGUACACCGCAAUCGGCGACUACCCGAAUGCGCUCGCCAGUCACAAGCAAUGUGUACAGCUAGUUAAGCAGAUGGGAGAUAGGCUGCAAGAAGCUAGAGAGAUAGGCAACGUCGGAGCUGUAUACUUAGCUAUGGGCGAGUUUGAUUCUGCAGUCGAUUGUCAUACACAGCAUUUGAGAUUGGCGAGGAGGUUGGGAGACCAGGUGGAAGAAGCGAGAGCUUAUUCAAACCUCGGCUCAUCAUACCACUAUAGGCGAAAUUUUACACAAGCGAUUGCGUACCACGAAAACGUUCUAAGGAUAGCUCAAAAUCUAGGCGAUAGAGCGAUUGAAGCUAGGGCUUACGCUGGUUUGGGGCACGCAGCAAGGUGUGCCGGCGAUUACGCACAAGCUAAAAAAUGGCACGAAAGGCAGCUAGAUGUAGCUUUAGCAGCUAGAGAUAAGAUCGGGGAAGGCCGAGCUUGUUCAAACUUAGGUAUCGUAUACCAAUUACUAGGUGAACACGACGCAGCACUUAAGUUACAUCAAGCACAUUUAUCUAUUGCUAGACAGCUACAAGAUAAAGCUGGCAUGGGUCGAGCGUACGGCAAUAUCGGUAACGCGUAUUCGGCGGCAGGUUUUUAUGAACAAGCCAUCAAGUACCAUAAACAAGAACUGACGAUAUCCAAAGAGGUUCACGAUCGGAGUUCUGAAGCCUCCACUCAUGGCAAUCUGGCUGUUGCGUACCAGGCUUUAGGAGCUCAUGAUAUGGCGUUGUUUCAUUAUAGAGCACAUUUAGGUAUAGCACGUGAACUAAAAGACGCAGCAGGAGAAGCCUGUGCCCUUCUCAAUCUUGGAAACUGCCUGUCAUCCAGAGGAGAGUUCGCUCAGGCAGUACCAUACUAUGAGCAGCAUCUUAUGCUUUCACAGGAGCUUGGAGACGUUAUUGCUGAAGCAAAGGCGUGCCACUUCUUAGGAUAUGCUCAUUAUUGUUUAGGAAAUUAUAAGGAAGCUGUAAGAUACUACGACCAAGAUUUAUCACUAGCCAAGGAUCUGCAAGACAAAAUGAAUAUGGGUAGAGCAUAUUGCAAUCUUGGCCUAGCUCACCUCGCUCUAGGCAACCUUGAAACAGCUCUAGAAUGCCAAAAAUACUUCUUAGCCAUAGCCCACAUGACACAGCAUUUACAAGGGAAAUUUAGGGCACUUGGAAAUAUUGGGGAUGUUUUAAUAAAAAUGGGAGACGUAGAAGAAGCCGUUAAAAUGUAUCAGAGGCAACUUGGAUUUGCCAGACAAGCUCGUGAUCGAUCGUUAGAAGCAGCAGCGUGUGGGGCAUUAGGCUUAGCGCGAAGAUUACAAAGAAGAUUAGACGCAGCAUUAGGACACCAUACACAGGAAUUAACGCUUCGUCAAGAAGCAGGAGACUCCGCUGGCGAAGCAAGGGCACAUUCUCAUUUAGGAGCCGUUCAUAUGGCAUUAGGGCAUUAUUCACAUGCAGCUAGAUGUUAUCGGGAGCAACUGGAAAGAGCUCAAGAAUUACAAGAUUGUGCUCUUGAAGCUCAGGCUUACGGCAAUCUUGGUAUUGCUAAACUGAACAUGGGACACUACGAGGAUGCCAUUGGAUAUUUAGAACAACAAUUAGCAAUAUUAGAACGAGUGAACACACCAACAUGUCAGCUAGAUAAAGCAAGAGCACUUGGUUCUCUUGGAGAUUGCUAUGAUGCUCUCGGCGAUCCCGAUGAAGCAACCAAAUACCAUGAACAACACUUAGCAUCAGCGUUGAAAUUAGACAAUGCGAGGGAACAAGAACGGGCGUACCGGGGACUUGGGUUAAGUCAUAAGUCAGUUGGUAAUCUUCAACAGGCUCUUGUGUGUUUGGAGAAACGUCUUGUAGUAUCUCACGAGCUAGGUAUACCUGAAGCAAAAGCUCAGGCAUAUGGUGAACUUGGUGCCUUACACAUUGCCCUAAAUAAUCUCGAACAAGCCGUCUCUUGUCUAGAACAUCAAAAGAGUAUUGCCAAGGAACUAAACAAUCAAAUAAUGGAAUCAGAAGCAUGCCAUUCGCUUGGUGUAGCACAUCACGCCCUCGGCGACCAUGCGGCUGCCGUAAGACAUCAUCGAGCAGAGCUUGAACUAGCACAUAGACUUGGACUUACUCAUUUACAGGCCCGCGCAUGUGGUGGAUUAGGCGCCGCACAUGCAGCUUUAGGUGCACAAGCGGAGGCGGCGCGAUGGCAUGAGUCGCGACUUCGCCACGCCACCGCUGCUGGUGAUUCUCGUGGAAGAGCUAACGCGUUGGCAGAUCUUGGUCGAGCGCAUCUCGCAAUGGGUGCAUGUGGUAGUGCAGUGUCCUACUUGCGUCAAGCGCUUGCAGCCACAGAAGGACUUGCUGAUGCCGAUGAAGAGGCUCGAGUGCGACACAGGCUCGGCUUCGCACUUUGGGCCUCAGGUGAAUUGGAAGAGGCAAAAGAACAGCUUCAUGCAGCCCUUACAGUCUUGGAAUCUGGCAAUGAACGGCAUAAAGACAAGAAAACCGUUACCUUAUAUACCUCAACGCAUCACGCCCUUCAGAGAGUACUUGUUGAACUUGGACGUCAUCACGAAGCACUUGUGAUCGCUGAACGAGGACGUUGUCGUUCGCUAGACACCGUCCCAGACAAACAAACUAGUGCCUUGAACCAAGCCAACCUUGAAUUACAUACUGCCCAAAGUAGGAACAUCAAUGAAGAUGUUGGCAAAGAUCGACCAGAACUAUGGAGUCCAUCCACUGUAGAACAAGUCCUUGAAGUGGUGAACAAGCAAAAAUCACCCGUAUUGUACUUCAGCAUCGCAGCUGGAAGACUUUACUCCUGGUUGCUUCAACCUCAUAAGGGUAUCCUAAGAUUCCACCAGACCUGUCUACUUGAUCAAUCCGAAGACAGCGAUAAUAGUCUACCAGAUAUAAGUCCUGAUGACCUUCAAACGAAUACAAGUGCAGGCAAAUUGGAACGAUACAUCAAAGAGUGGUCUGCAUGGCUGAAGACAUCUGCCGAUAGGAGGGAAGACGACCAAUGGGACCUUGAUGAUCGUCCCAACACUGGUCUUGCUAGGAUGGUUACGCGAAAUCACCUGUUGAAUUCCUCGAACUAUUCACUGAGCUCUUUGUUCAGUGUAGGUUCUGUUGGAGGUUCAGUGGCAGGCUCAGUAGCCAGCCUGCAAGGAUCUACAAGGUCCAGUAUUCAUGGACCCAGAAAGAAGCAGCCCUCAUGGCAAGGUCCUCCAUGCCUCAAUUCAUUAUAUCAAAUGCUCAUUGCGCCUUUCGAAGAUCUGCUACCGACUUCCUGUAACAACAAUCAUGCGUCACACGGUCGUCGCGGAUGCGGCGGUAGACGAGACAUAGCACUGGUGGUGGAAGGGGCUCUGUACGCGUGUCCUUGGGGAGCGUUGCGUGGUACCACCGACACAGAACCUCUGUGCGAGCGAUUCGCGCUUCUUGUCGCGCCAGCACUACGCCCUCUCAGGCACACGCGCCAUGUGAGGACUAAACAAACGCAUCCUGAACACGAUGGUGCAAAUGCUAACAAUACAGAAGCGGGCAUGCGAUGUCUCGUGGUGGGUGUGCGGUGGGGAGCGGCGCAAGCGCUGCUCAAGGAGGCCGAACUCGUGGCUGACAUGCUGCGAGUUACACCGCUGACCGACUACCAGGCAUCGAAAGAAACAGUUUUAGCACAACUUCCACAAGCAGAAUGCAUCCACUUUGCCACUCACAUCUGCUGGAAGACUCCUGGCAUCGUGCUCAGCCCCGGAGAAGUGGUUGACUCUCAAGCUAAACGGCUGCUGAAUACAAGCGUUGGUAGUGGAGUCGUUGAUACAUCUACUGAAAACGAAGAAGAAAAUGCUGAGCUUCCUCCAAGUAACGAAGAAUUGCCACCCGCCUCUGAGUUUAUGUUGACGGCAGCAGAAAUUAUGAAUUUGAAAAUCACUGCUAGACUGGUGGUCAUUUCAUGUGCAUCCUCAAGUGCAGCGUUCCAAGAUUCAGAUGAUCCAGAAUCAGUAACGGUAGCCGGUGAAGGAGUGUCCCGAUUGUGCAGAGCUUUCUUAGCUGCCGGAGCUCAAGCUAUAUUAGUCACUCUAUGGCCUUCUCCUCAAGACACUGCCACAAAGAUUUUAUAUAGGGCUUUGUACUCUGCCCUUUUGCAAGGAAGCAGGGUGGCCAAAGCCCUCGGAGAUGCCAUGCAGACAGUUCGACACACAAAACAUUUCUCACAUCCUGCUCACUGGGCCGGUCUAGCGCUAUUGGGAGCUAACGUACGCCUGAGCAACAAAGUGGCUCUUAUGGGCCAAGCGCUUUGCGAAUUGCUCGCCGCUCCAGACAAAUGCAGGGAUGCAUUACGAGUUUGUUUACACUUGGUGGAGAAGUCUCUUCAACGGAUAGUAAGAGGACAGAAGAAUGCAAUGUAUACAACACAGAAGAGCAUCGAGAACAAAGCUGGGACUACCACGGGAUGGCGAGAACUUCUGAUGAGUGUCGGAUUUAGAUUUGAACCAGCAGCGAACGGGAUACCUUCAAGUGUGUUUUUCCCCCAAAGCGAUCCCGAAGAAAGAUUAACACAGUGUUCUGCCAGUCUUCAAGCUCUCUUGGGAUUGACUCCAACGACCCUGCAAGCACUUUCCAAACUUAUAUCGAACGGAAGUGAUGUAGCAGACGACAUCAUCGGCGUGAUUCGGUCUGUCAUAUCACAGUUCUCCACGAAGACUUCUGAGAGCGACACCAUCGAGGUUGCUGUGAAUGUCAGGCUAUGGCGAGUUAAUGGUUGUCACGAACUUUUGGCUUCCCUCGGCUUUGACUUGGCUGAAGUGGGCCAAGAUGAAGUUACUCUUCGGACGGGAAAAGUGGCUAACAGGCGCCACAUCCAAUUUGUGCUGCAGGCUUUGCUUGCUCUCUUUGAUACACAGGAGGCUCCGCGUAGUCUUAGCUUAGAGUCCAGCUCAAGCGUUGAAUCGUUGGCGUCUAUAGAUGAUGGCGACUUGGAACCGCAUUCCGAUGGCGAACCACCACCGAGGCAGCACAGACAGGAAAGUGUCUCAGCGGUACCGCCACCGCCAUUACCAUUAGGAUCUUGUGGAGGUGCCUUCACCAUGUACGUACGCGGCACAACUUCCGCAACUGAAGUUGGUCGAGGUGAACCUGAUGGCAGAACAGCCCCGCCUCCAGCACCCCCACCACCCAGAUAUAGGGGUGAAAGUGACGCCGCCUUCACCCCAUCACCGCCCGCGGCACCACCGCCAAACGCCUCAGCCCCUCAGAGAGACGUAUCUUUAGCUUUAUCUCACCAAACCAAAAUCAGGACUCUUUAUACAAGACGACCUCCUUCGACAGAUGACUCCGAUUGGGAAAGUUCUGGCCACGACACAGUAUUACGUAGACGCCCUGAACAUCCUCAUCAAAGAUAUUUAGAUGCAUUUUACGAUUUAGCAUCGGCGCAAGUUCGGCGACCCGAAGAGGAAAAAUCAGAUCAAACGUUGAAUCAACCAUCGACAUCAAAGAGAGCCCCGAGACCUAAAAUGGGAACGAACAGUCGCGAUUCCAUGGCUCAAGUGAGGCAUAUGAGUGGAGAAUUAACUCCUACCAUAUCGGAAGUUUAUCACGAACGGAAUAUAGGAUUAGGUUUAGCCCCACCACUAGCAGAAUUGCUUUUGUCUGAAGAUUCAAAGACUGAAAUGAGAGCAGCUAGUUCCAGUGAAAAUUUACUUCUGCAGAACUUAGAAAAGUUGGGUCUUCUCGGAGAGUCCAGCGAAUCUGAAGAAAGAUGGUGCAGUGGGAAUGCUUCUCGACCUUGGUUAUCAGCACCACCCUUAGAGACUGACAUUCAAAGUUCAGAUUUGACAACCGCUGAAAUAAUAGAACGCAAAACCAAAUUCAAGAAAGACAUCGAACCUAAAAGAAAAGAAGAAAACGUUUAUGAAUUAAAACCAAAGGAUGACGCAGCGGGACCGAGUGGGAUAGAAAAGCGAUCUGUAUCUCCAUUCUCGGAACUUUCGAGAAGGGAUGAAGGCGAUGGCAGAAGUAUUGCGGAUUCGCAUUCAUCUUAUAAAGCACUUGUUUUAAAUCCUAGAGCGCCAUAUUUGCCUGAGGAAGGAGAAUCGGCUAUCAAUGCAAGUAAAGACGGGGGCAAAACACACCCUAGAAUGAGACGACCUCCUGUGCCCAGAGGUAGACCAACAUACACAACGCUCGAUUUUCCACCGAAUAAGUUAUAACGCCGUGAACGAAAUCGUUAAAAUAAUUGAAUUAAGUGUAAAAGUAGAAGUACAAUAAUAAUUAUAAUUAUUGGAAUAGAAGUAGGCGGCUAUGAUUUCAUAAGUUUAUUGUAAAUGAAUUUGUAAAAAAUGUGUUAAAAUAAUCUUUAUGAACUUAAUGUUACACUUAACUUGUAAGAUUUAGAUUUAAAAAUUAUUUUUUCGAUUAUAAUUAAUUAUUUAUUUUAAAUCUAUUUCUAGUUACAUAGAAAGUACCUACACUCUACAGUGCCUUGUGCAUAACUAAUUGAGGUUAAGUAUAAAAGUAUUUUAUGUCUUGCCAUCGUUUUUUUUUUGUAAAAAUAUAUUUCAAGUGAAAUACAAUACUCGCACA